CGUUGGUAAUUACCUCAAAUCACCAAGCGACGCGUGUCCCGUUCUACGUGGUUUAGCCAAUCGCCGUGAAGGCUGUGACUCCGUGACGUCAGGGUCGGGGACCUUAUCAUGAAUUUGCUAAAUAUAUAAACGUCAAAAAAACAUAGCUCCUUUUGUGAAAGAGAAAUAGGGGCGAGAGUUUGAACUUGCAACUCGCCUUGGCUGAGAGAAUUGUGAGAAGGAAGGGGAAAAGCCUGCAAGGAAAAGUAAUCACCUGCGACGCUCUCAACUACCGGAUCGGAUCUACCCGUAACCAUGACGACUUCAAGGCGUUUGGCUGAUAGGAAGGUGGAGAAGUUUGAGAAGAACAUAACAAAGAGAGGGGCGGUUCCUGAGACAACCGCCAAGAAGGGCAAGGAUUAUCCUGUUGGCCCUAUUCUCCUUGGAUUCUUCGUCUUUGUUGUCAUUGGCUCAUCGCUGUUUCAGAUAAUCAGGACUGCUACAAGCGGAGGCAUGGCCUAAUUGAAGAUUAGCCUGCUGCUGAUGCUUCUAAGUUGUGAGAGAUGGCAUCAGACUGCAUCAACCAAUCAGUCGUGUUAUUUACCGUUGUUUUGUUAGCCAGUAGGAAACUGAUGAUAUACAAUGUGAUGUAGUACUAAAACAAGUGGUGUUUCUAUCCUGUGAAGUUAAAAGAAGUUUGAAUAAAGGAACCCCUUCCUCUGCUUCACUUA